GAAAUGUGUAAGUGAGAGAGAAUAGAGAGACCAAAGUCCACUCUGUCCUGUCGCCUGAAGAAACAAGCUGAAUCAUGAAGACUCUGGUUGUCCUGGUUCUCUGCUCCCUGGCUGUCAUCUGUCUGACUUCAGACGCCGGCCCCCAGACUGUGGAUGUCAACCCUGAUCAGGAGGGUUUGUUUGUGGAGCAGGACGAAGCCUCCACUGUGGUGAGACAGAAGAGAGCAGCAGGAUACUUAACCCAGUUCCAACUGGAGAGCCUCAGAGAAGUAUGUGAGGCCAACCUAGCUUGUGAACACAUGAUGGAUGUGAGUGGAAUCAUCGCUGCCUACACUGCCUACUACGGACCAAUCCCCUAUUAGAUACCAGACCACGACUGCUCAGGACUUUGGAUUUCCCUUUGACCAGCAUUAUCACCUUCGAACUCAAACUUUUUUUCUUUGCAGUCGAGCAAAAAAGCAAAAGGUGCCAAAAAGCUUUGAAGUAAAAGUUAUUACACCGAUAAAAAAGCCGAGAAAUGUCAAGAAAUGACGUGAGUGUGUAGAGGAGAGUGGAGAAAAAGGAAAUGUAUCUGCAUGUGAAUGGUUCAUCCUACAUAUUUCACAGAAUUGUGCAUAUAAUUCUGUACUUUUUGUCAGCCUGUAGAAAUGAAUAAAAACAAACAGAACUUUG